GCAGCGGCGGCCGCGCCCCCCUCACGGCGCCGCCGGGGCCGCCCCUUGGCCGCGGGCCGCGGCCCGGCCCCAUAAAGGCGGCGGCGCGGCCCGGGAGCGGCCCCAGCACUGCACUGCACCGCACCGCAGCAGAAUGAUCCAGAUCUUGGACCCGAGACCCUUGCCCAGCUCCAGCAUGCCUGUGGAUAUGGCCAUGCGAAUUUGCAUAGCCCAUUCUCCACCACUGAAGAGCUUUCUCAGCCCCCUCGAGGACUGCCAAAGGAACAGCUUUGUGAACAGACUCAAACCUCUCAGACCGUGCCUUCACGUGAAAUGUGACUCUGAAGACCAGAAGAGCGACUGGAACCACUCGCCAGCCCGAGCCAAGAAGCGCGUUGUGUUUGCAGACUCCAAGGGGCUGUCCCUGACAGUGAUCCACACCUUCUCCGAGUUCCAGGAGCCCCCUGUGUGGGAUCUGCAGUUUGACCUCUUAGGCAUUGAGGACAUAACAUCUGACUUAAAACUCCAUGAGGAGAAAAACUUGAUUCUGGGUUUCCCUCAGCCCUCAGCUGACUACCUGGACUUCAGGAACCGUCUGCAGAGGAGCCUGGUCUGCCUGGAGACCUGCACCUUGCAAGAGAAGGUCCUGUCAGGCACUGUGAAAGUAAAAAACGUCAGCUUUGAAAAAAAGGUUCAGGUUCGUAUUACUUUUGAUACAUGGAAGACCUACAAAGAUGUUGAGUGUGUGUACAUGAACAAUGUUUACAGUGAUUUUGAAAAUGAUACCUUCUCAUUUGCCAUUGAUUUUCCUCCUGCCAUUUCCUCUGAGGAGAAGAUAGAGUUUUGCAUUUCUUACCAAAGUGGAGAACAUACCUUCUGGGACAAUAAUGAGGGUCAGAAUUACAAAAUUGUACAUGCGGAGUGGAAGCCUAAUGGUGUUCAGAUAUCAUCUGCCAAGGAAGGCUAUGUAGAUCUUCAGACUUCAAGGAGAGGACAAGAGAGAGAACCUGAUCAGCUGGGCAGUCCAAGGUUGUCCGGUGGCCUGUUUCCCCAGUGGCAGAGCUUGGGUCAGAUUGAAAGUUCAUUGCCAUAUUGGUGAUCAGACUGCUGGGGAGGAAUCCUUCCCUCUGGCAACAGAACAGUGCUAGAUUUCUGGUUCACUUACUGCAUGGUGAAACCACCUGGCAGGUUUUGUUUCCUGUCUGAAAAAAUCCAAGUUCAUCAGACUGUGGGACUUGUUAAACCAUAUUAUGCUCCUGAAAUUCUUAGCCAAACUUUAUCCUUGGAAGGAAGCAAAACCAAGGUGCGACUCAUGUGUAUGCUACAUACUAUAGGAGUAGCUUGCCUGUAUCUCAAAUAUAUGCUGCUUUCUUCCUGCUGUCAGCUCUCCUGGGCCACUAGGAGAGAGACUUGCAAAGUAGUAUGGAAGGCAAUGGUGUCUCAGCAAGCUGUGGUAACUGUGUGUGAGUAUGUGUGUGCACAGGGGUGGAAACAGAAUGUCACAACUCAUUUUGCACCUAUCAGGAGAGCAGUAGAUGCUGUCAGGAGGCUUGCUGUGACCUUCUACAUGCUUGUAGCAAAGGCAGGUAGGGGUGCAUGGCAAAGAUCUGUGGCUUCAAUACCCGUUAAGAAACUUGGAGAGGAUAAUGGACAAGUGGGAAAAGGGGAAGAGGUAGAAUGUGCUACAUAACUUGGAGAUGUGCAAUGUUCUGAUUACUUCUUUCCAAAGCUGUUUUUCUAAAUAUCAGAGAAAGAUCUGUGGGAUAAAAAGAAGACUAAAGAAAAUGAUGCAAAGUGAAUAGUAGAAGUGACCACUGCUUUAAGAAGUCGUCUCUGUCCUUACUGUCUUUGUGAAGCCUUGCAUUUGAUAACAAAUGUAACCUUGACUUCACCAUCCUACUUAAUUACCAGACAGAUGGUUGCCUUCCAAUGUUAAAAGAAAAAUGUGCCUUUGAAAAAAUUUUAAAGCCACCCUAACAUGACAAAAAUAGGGUUAGGCAACAAAACAAAGUGAUUUGUGAAUUUCCUACUCUGUAGUAUCAUUAGGUGAUUCCACUCAUCACCUGAUCUAGUCUUACAGCAUCUGAUGCUUGAGUAUCUUGCUCCUGAUUGCAACAUUAUCCAUGACUUCUCACAAGUAACAUAGGCAAGGUCCUUCAUAUUGAAGACAGUGAAUUAGCUGCACUUUGUGAGAGCUAAUUUCUUUAAAAGAGCAGGGUUGUUACUAGGUUUUUCUAGACUGAAUGGAGGCUUGCACAUAGAGAACCGUUCUGGUUUACCUCAUUUUUAUAAGUUUAUUUGUUUUUAGACUUUAGUAAACUAAUAUAUAUUUUGUAUCUGUAUGCUUAUAAUUUAGCUGUCUGAGCUGUCAGACUUUAAAUGUUAUAUGGGUUUCAUGCAAGACUUGUGUGAGAAAUUGUCCAGUACAUGCUCAGCAGGUGUGGAUGCUGGCACACCUAUUAGCUAUACGGAAAUGGUGUUAAUAUCAAAAAAGAAAUCACGUUUUUGUCCACGGCUAAGAAGUAUAAUAGCCUGAGUGUGAAGCUACUUGCAGUGCAGCAAGAUGUUAAAUACUAAGGUGAAAUAAGCCUCCUCCACUAAUUGCACUUUUCCUUAUGUAACCUUUGCUGUUAUGUGUAAACUAGCCAUUUUAAGAAUAAAUUUUAUUUUGAUA